CGGGCUGGAGGAACCGCUACUCCAACCAAACGCUCUCCAAGCGCAGAGGAUCUCUGAAGGUAGAAGAUGGAAAUGUAUCAGGCCGGAUAUUUCACUGAGGACUUCAGAACUCAGGAGGUUCCUGGAGGCUUUGACUUCAGUUCAUAUGACUACAAUGGUGAAGACCUGUCCUUUUUGUUAGACAGCAAAGGACCCGUCCAACCGCAGUACGCCGACACGUACGGGGACCUUCAGAAGGACCACGCCAACACCUCCAAAGUUCACUCCAGUGAUCCUGGCUUGUUUAGUCUGGAAUCCUAUCCAGAGUUUAACUGCUGGACAUCGUACACCACAGUUCCUGAUGGGAUGCUGACAGACAGGCAGCAGGCCGGCUUCCAGGACUCGGCUUCUUCUCAGACGUAUCAGAACCUGAUGCCCCCGUGCCAACCAGCCCAGACCAGCCCAUUCAGCUCUGCCCUGGACCCCAGCGGCCUCUACCAGCCCACCAAGGAGCUCACCUGCAGAGGAACAGCUACAGGCGACGCCGACAGAAGUUACUCGCUGUACGAGACAGAAGCUCAGAGCAGACCUUCACCAUACUGGUCAGAUUAUUCCUCCUCCAGUUACUGCAGUCCACUUAUGGGCCAGCCUCCAUCUUCCUCAUCCCCCAUCCCUCCGCCCUCAGAGCCAUACUGCCCCCGCGUGGCCAAGCGGCGCACUGCACCCUCCCAGAGACUGGAGCGCGAGGGCGAGGUGACUGGCAUGUCUGCCUACCCAGGAUCAGGACCAAUCCAGCUGUGGCAGUUCCUGCUGGAGCUUCUUCUGGACUCCACCUGCCACACCUUCAUCAGCUGGACUGGAGACGGCUGGGAAUUCAAGAUGUCCGACCCUGCAGAGGUGGCGAAACGGUGGGGUCAGUGCAAGAACAAGCCCAAAAUGAACUACGAGAAGCUGAGCCGAGGCCUGCGUUACUACUACCACAAGAACAUCAUCCACAAAACGGCGGGAAAGCGCUACGUCUACCGCUUCGUGUGCGACGUGCAGGGCAUGCUGGGAAAAACAGCACAGGAGGUUCUGGCCAGCAUGAACAUCUCGCUGUCGACCGCAGGGUCGCCGAGAUCAGCAGGUACCACGAAGUCAGAGGACGCCGCGGACGUGUGGUCGCAUUAGCAACGCCGAGCUCUGCCGGGUGUUUGUUUUUUGGGUUGCGGAUCGAGUUCCGUGGUCCGUGGCUCAUCUGUGGACGUUGGGCUUUUGUUGGACUUAAACAUGAAUUAAAGCACUCCUGGGUUCUGAUCACGACACUCAGUGUGAAGAAACGUACUGUUAUGGACGUACUGAAGGAACAAUGACCCUGUGCUCUAAAUAUUCAACGCAGUUCCUCAGUUUUCAGCUCGUUUUCUGUAAACGUCAUCAGCUACCUCCUGUUUAACGAUGAAACACUACGAUGACGAGUGAUGAGCACUGAGAUAAUGUGGUGCUGCAGCAGCAGAUGUAUUUUGUAUUAUUGUAAAUAAACCAAUUUGUGUACA